CGCGGGCGGGCGGGUGUGUGUGUGUGUGUGCGCGCGGGGGCGCGCGCGGCCAGUCAGCCCGGACCAGAGACAGGAGAUGCCUCGCGAGUUUGAGCUGUGCCCGGGGCGCCCCAUCGGCGGGGACCAGCCCUGCUUCAUCAUCGCCGAGAUCGGCCAGAACCACCAGGGAGACCUGGAGAUAGCCAAGAAGAUGAUCCGGAUGGCCAAGGAAUGCGGGGCAGACUGCGCCAAAUUUCAGAAGAGUGAGUUGGAGUACAAAUUUAACAAGCAAGCCCUUGCUAGGCCGUAUGAAUCCAAACACUCAUGGGCAAAAAUAUAUGGAGAUCACAAGCGUCACCUGGAAUUCAGUCACGAGCAGUACAGAGAGCUGCAGAAGUUCGCUCAGGAAGUUGGCAUCUUCUUCACAGCAUCUGGCAUGGAUGAGAUGGCUGUUGAAUUUCUUCAGGAACUGAAUGUGCCGUUCUUUAAAGUUGGGUCUGGAGACACAAAUAAUUUGCCAUAUUUGGAAACCACUGCGAAAAAAGGCCGUCCAAUGGUGAUUUCCAGCGGAAUGCAAAGCAUGGAAAUGAUGAGACAAGUUUACAAGACUGUGAAAGGGAUCAAUCCAAACUUCUGCAUCCUGCAGUGCACCAGCGCAUACCCAGUAUUACCUGAGGAUGUUAAUCUGCGUAUUAUCACGGAAUACCAAAAGGAAUUUCCAGACAUUCCCAUUGGAUAUUCUGGUCAUGAAACUGGAAUUGCUAUCACUGUAGCAGCAGUAGCUAUGGGAGCCAAAGUUGUGGAACGUCAUGUGACCUUGGAUAAAACUUGGAAGGGCAAUGAUCACGAAGCAUCCCUGGAGCCGAACGAGCUAACAGAACUGGUUCGCUCAAUCCGCAUCGUGGAGAGAGCUUUUGGGACCUCCGUCAAAAGUAUGCUGCCUUGUGAGCUGGCCUGUCACAAUAAGCUGGGCAAGUCUGUGGUGGCGAAGUUGGCGAUUCCAGCAGGAACAUCGUUGACACUGGAUAUGCUGACUGUGAAAGUAGCGGAACCCAAAGGCAUUGCUCCUGAAGAGAUCUUUAAUCUGGUGGGGAAGAAAGUAAAGGCCAAGAUAGAUGAAGAUGAAACAAUCACUGAAGAAUUAUUUUAGAAUUGCGGCAAGUUGUCUUGUUUUUUUUCCACAGAGUUUGCAAGAAUUAAACUACAGAUGCCUUAACUUUUACGUUUCAAAUAAAGCCGUUCAUGUAUUAAA